UCAGACCUGUUACUUCACGCUGCGUCAAUCACGCCGUCAUUCGAGAACUCGUGAACAAGCAUGCAGAAGUUGGUUUCCAAGCCGAUUGUUCUGCAUACGAUGGAAGCAAGAUACUCUACACACUCGCUGAACUGAAUUUUGGUUCCAGUGUGUUCAAAAUUACACUGCAGGGUAAGGAGGAGGAUAGUCCUGAUGGCCCCAGAGCCUUGCAGAGGCAUUUCGAUGUCACGAUCAAACGCGCUGCACGUGUUAGCAUGAAGAGUUUAUAUGAGCUCCAUGAUCUGAUGCCAGACCAUGUACCCCCGGCAAUCCUGCAAGCACUACACAUUGUUCUACGUGAAUUGCCCACUGAAGAAUGGUAUAACCGGUAUGCUGGGUCAAUUUAUUCACCUUGCAUAAGGGGGCAUCAGCAACUUGGUGAUUUCUUGGAAAGUCGCCGUGGUUUUCACCAAAGCAUACGACCCACUCAGAGUGGUCUUAUGCUAAAUAUUGAUCAAUCCUCUACAGUAUUCAUCAAGCCCCUACUGGUGAUGGAUUUUGUUAAGAUGCUGCUGAACAGGGAUAUAUCUGACACACAAUUAACUGGUACAGAUCUCUUGAAGAUUGUGAAGGCACUAGAAGGUGUAAAGGUUCAUGUACUGUGCAAUAUGCACAAAGAAUACUGUGUAUCCGGUGUUACCUCACAAUCAGCAGAAGAGUUGAUUUUCCCGGUUGAUAGUCAUGGUACCAGGGAGCCUAGGGAGACAGUAUUGCAAUACUUCCAGAAGAGAUAUGGUGUUAGUAUUCAGUACAAAUCUUUGAACUGUUUGCAAGUGGGCACCCCGCAGAGGCCGAAAUUUCUUCCGUUGGAGGUCUGUAAGAUCGCCAAGGGGCAGCGUUACUCGAAACAGCUUAACCGGGGAAAACAGAUGGAGGAUUUUCUUAAAGUAGCUAAGCAGCCCCCACAUGAGCGUGAGAAGGGCAUUUUACGGGCUUUGCAUUUCACACAUAGGAAUCAAUGUGCUGUGAAAUUGGGAAUCAAAAUUGAGGAUGAACUUGUCUCACUGCUAGCUCAUAUUUUAUCUCCUCCUUUGCUUAAGUUCAACGACUAUGGCAUGACAAGAUCAUUCUUGCCACACUAUGGUAUAUGGAAUAUGAUGGGCAAGAAAAUGGUCAAAGGUGGGAGAGUGAAUAGCUGGGCAUGUAUCAACUUUUCCUUGCAUGUGCGACAGAACGAAGCUACUAAUUUCUGUUAUGAGCUUGCUAUUAUGUGCCUAGCAUCUGGGAUGGGAUUCAAUCUGAGUCCUGUGCUUUCUGUAGAGACUGCUAAACCUGAACAUGCGCAACUGGCACUGACAUCACUUCAUAGCAAUGUCAUGGCCAAACUUGGACCAGGCAGAAAUCUUGACCUUCUGCUUGUGAUAUUGCCUGACAAGAAUGGCUCCCUUUAUGGUGAUCUCAAAAGAAUAUGUGAGACAGAUAUUGGACUGGUUUCUCAGUGUUGUCUAUCAAAACAUGUCUUGAGGAAGAAUAAGCAGUAUCUUGCAAACGUUGCCCUUAAAAUUAAUGUUAAGAUGGGAGGAAGAAAUACUGUACUGAAUGACGCUCUAGAAAAGAAACUUCCCCAUGUUGGGGACACACCGACUAUUUUUUUCGGUGCUACUGUUACCCAUCCUCCUCCUGGAAAAUGUUCUUCUCCUUCCAUUGCAUCUGUUGUUGCUUCUCAAGACUGGCCUGAAGUUACUAGGUAUGCUGGAUUAGUUAGUUCGCAACCCGGUCAUCAUGAGUGGAUAAAUAAUCUGGUUGAACUCCAGUAUGAUAGUGAAAAAGGGGUCGUUACUGGUGGGAUGAUCCGCGAGCAUCUCAUUUCUUUCUAUCGGGUUACUGGACAGAAACCGCAGAGAAUUAUUUUUUACAGAAAUGGGGUGAGCAAAGGACAGUACUCUCAGGUUCUGAAGAACGAACUUUGUGCCAUUAAACUGGCAUGUAAAUCAUUGGAGAAAGAUUAUAACCCAACAAUUACAUAUGUUGUGGUCCAGAAGCGUCAUCGUACACGGCUGUUUCCCGCUGAUUACCGUGACAAGCCCUCUGAUUCAACUGGGAACUUAUGGCCUGGUAGUGUCGUGGAUUCAGUAAUAUGCCAUCCAGAUGAAUUUGAUUUUUACUUGUGUAGCCAUAGCUGCAGCAGGGAUAAGGGUCGUGGAACAAUUCGGCCCAUGUAUUACCAUGUUUUGUGGGAUGAGAAUAAAUUUCUAGCAGGCGAUUUCCAAACAUUGACAUACUACUUGUGCUACAUGUAUGCUGGGUGUACCCAUUCCAUUUCAAUAGUUCCCCCUUUGCGUUAUGCCCGUCGUUUGGCUUCUCGAGCUCGCUGUUAUACUGAACCACGGUCGUCUUUGGAGAGCGGAUCCACUGCGAUCAGUGCCGAGCCGGUGGGCCUUCUUCCAAUAAAGGAUAGUUUAAAAUUUGGCAUGUUUUUCUGUUAAGUUGAGGGCACACUGAGUACUGUAAAUCUGUCUAAUACUAGCAUGAAAGAAAAACUGCCCGUUAAAGAACAUGAAUGUACUAAAGUUAGUAUAGGUUGGAGCAGUACCAAUUAGAGGCCAUCUCAAAGCGAAGCAGAUCUGGUCCCAAAAAAAUCUGAAAUUGGCAGCUUAGAGAGCACGGGAGGUGGCAUAGGUGUUCAUGUGUUAAGAUUGUCAGUAUUGAGAUAUAGGUAGUAUCUUUUUUUAGCAGUAUUGUAUCAUAGUAU